AUGAACCUCCUACUCCUCCUCUCAUCCCUCCUCACUAUCACAACAACAGCCACAACCCUCAUCCCCCACCCAGGAAACCGCAUCACCAUCCCAACCUGGCACAUCCAACCCACCACCAACACCACAAACCCCCCAAAUACACUCAACCUCAACCUCACCACCCCAGAUUCCCACUCCACAAUCCUCGCCACCCUCCUCCACCCCCAAAACCAACCGAACCCCAUCAUCCCCCCUUACAACGAAUCCGCCCUCUUCCACAGCACCAUCCUCUCCACUAUCCCCACCACCCCCUUCCAAUCCCCCUGGCUCUACACCACCACCAUCACCGUCCCACAUUCCCACUCAAACACAACCAUCAUCCUCUCAACCCACGGCAUCUCCUCCCGCGGGGACAUCUUCAUCAACGGCGCCCAAAUAGGUUCUAUAUCUGGUGCCUAUAACGGCCAGGAAUAUGAUAUAUCCCCACAGCUAAGAGAGGGGGUAGAGAAUGAGGUGCAAGUGAAAGUGUACCCCGUGGAUUAUACAAGGGAUUUUGGUGUCGGAUGGGCGGAUUGGAAUCCCCCGCCGCCGGAUAUGGGCAUGGGGGUUUGGAGGGGGGUGGAGGUUAGGGGGGUAUAUGGGGUUGCCGUGCAGGGGGUGAGGGUUGUUGUUGUUGAUGAGAUAGAAGGGGGUAGUGGGGGAAAGGAUGUAAAGGUGAGGGUUAGGGUUGAUGUGAGGAAUUGGGGGGAGAGGAGUGUCAGGGGUGUGUUUGGGGGGAGGGUGUUUGAUAAUACUACUGAUGAUACUAGUUCUGGAGUGCAGUUUGCUGAAGCUGUCACUCUACGAGGUGGGGAAGUUACUACAGUUGAAGCAGAAGUUACCAUCAAGAAUCCAAAGAUAUGGUGGCCCGCUACCUGGGGAAAACAGGACAUGUACACUGUCUCUGCGAACUUCACUCUCAGUGACGGAACAUUAUCUGAUACAGCGGAGUGCUCAUUCGGGAUCCGGUCUGUCACUGCGACAUUCACCCACCACGGAGACGAAAAAGACGUCUCGUUCAGAGUGAACGGAUACCCCUUCCACGUCCGAGGCGCAGGAUACAGUCCUGACAUUUUCCUCCGGUUUGAUAUUGAUCGAGUACGCACACUCCUACAAGCCGUGCUAGACAUGGGGCUUAACACCAUCCGACUUGAGGGAAAACUCGAACACCCACAGUUCUAUGAUCUGGCCGAUAGAAUGGGCAUCAUGGUGUUGGCGGGGUGGGAGUGUUGCGAUAAGUGGGAGGCGUGGGAGUACAACACCGACCUCUCAAAAAACUACCCCUGGACAAACCACGACUACCUAACCGCCACCUCAAUGCUCACCCACACAUCCCUCACACUCCAACCCCACCCCUCCAUCCUCGCCUUCCUCCUCGGCUCCGACUACCCCCCCAACCCCCGUGCUUUUACCCUCUACACCACAGCCCUAAACCACUCCGACUGGACCGCCCCCAUCAUCUCCUCCGCUUCAGCCCGCAUCCACCCCUCCGGCAUGAAAAUGCUCGGUCCUUACGACUGGGUGCCCCCCAACUACUGGUACGGGGAGCGCCUCGGCGCAGCAUACGGCUUCGGCUCAGAGCAAGGCGCGGGUGUAGGGACUCCCGAACUACCCAGUCUGCGACGGUUUCUCUCCGAGGAAGAGCUAGAUCGUCUAUGGAAGGAGAAGAAUGCAGCGAUGUACCAUAUGUCUCCUGCUGGAUCGCAGUUCCAUACAAGGGGGGUGUAUAAUGCUGCGCUGUGGGGGAGAUUCGGCAAGCCGACGUCGUUGGAGGAGUAUGUGUUUCUGGCGCAGGUGGUGGAUUAUGAGGCUACCAGGACGGAGUUUGAGGCGUUUGCGGUGAGGCAGAAUAGAUCUGGGGGUGCUACUGGUGGUAAUGGAGGGGGUAGGGCGGCGACGGGCGUGGUGUACUGGAUGUUGAAUAGUGCGUGGCCGAGUUUACAUUGGCAAUUGGUUGAUUAUUAUUUGAGGAGGGGAGGGGCGUAUUAUGGGGUGAAGGUUGGUGCGAGGGGGGUGCAUGUUGCGGUGGAUUAUGAGAGUGGGGAGGUGUAUGUGGUGAAUCAUGGGGUGAAGAGGGGGGAGGGGUUGGUGGUUGUUGUUGAUGUUGUGGGGUUGGAUGGGAAGAGGUUGUAUCAUGAGGAGGUGAAGGGUGUGGUUAUGGGUCCGACGAUGUCGAAGAAGGUUACUUCUAUCAUUCCUUGGGUUGGGGGGUGGGAUGGGGUAGUCUUUCUGAGACUAUUACUGAAGGAGAGUGGGGGUAAGGUGCUGAGUAGGAAUGUGUACACCCUCCCUGCGCAACUUGAUGUUCUGGAUUGGGAUGAGUCGACGUGGUAUACUACGCCUGUUAGUGAUUAUGCGAAUUUCUCGGCGUUGAGGGGGUUGCCUACGGUGGAGGUGGGAGUUAGUGGGAAGGUGGGUGGUGGUGGAAGGGUGAGUGUCACGUUGGAGAAUCGGGAUAAGGUGCCGGCGUGGUUUGUGAGGAUCAGCAUGGUGGAUGAGGCUGGUGGGGAGGUGGAUGUGUGGUGGGAGGAUAAUUAUGUGAGUGUGUUGGGGGGAGAGAAGGUGGUUGUGAGUGGGAGGGUGGAUAACAGUGGGAAAAUGGGGAUAGGGAGGAUGAGGGUUGUGGUGGAGGGGGGAAAUGUGCGGAGGAGGGGAUGCUAUAUUUGA